GGGGAAUCCCUUCACCAAUAAUGUGCGCGCUCUGGCACUCACAGCGUUAAUACGAACGCGCACAUUGGCUUGACGUUCCCCUCCCACGCGCCUGUUGUCCUUUAAAAGCUCGCGAUGCGCUUUAAAUAGCAGGUGCUAGAAACGGUGUCCCUGCAUUCACGCUCACACACGUCAUCAUCAUUAUCAUCACCGCCGCAAUGUCCACCGCCAGCGCUGAGACGACCGCACAGCUACCUCCAGCAGCGGGCAGAGUGUUCUUUCAAGCCGGCGUGGGCUGCGCCGGCACCGGCCCGCUGCAGCGGGAUGACCCUGUGCAGAAGAAGCAAGGCAAAGUGACGGUGAAGUACGACCGCAAGGAACUGCGGAAGAGACUCAUCCUGGAGGAAUGGAUCAUUGAACAACUGAGCGAACUGUACGACUGUGAGGAGGAGGAAAUGCCAGAGGUGGAGAUUGACAUUGAUGAUCUCCUGGAGGUGAACAGUGAAGACGAAAGAGUCAUAAAACUACAGGAAUCACUGUCAGACUGCUACAAACCUACUGAAGAAUUUGUGCGCGAGCUGCUCGAUAGGAUAAGGGGAAUGCGGAAACUCAGCGCUCCACAGAAGAAAACCUUUUAAAUGCUUGAAAAUGCCAACGACAAUCCAGCUACCUGGACUGCAGGUCCUGCAAUCUAUCACUCGGUCUGGAGUCACAUCACAGCAUACAAUACACAAGGACUCCAGAUCCCAGGAUUCAUUUCUCACCAAGAACCAAUAUACCAGAGUUCAUUUUGAAAGCACCCAUAUAUCCCACAAUACAAAAUGUCUCCAUGCCCCAAGACUCCCAAAGAUCAUCCAGGACACAAUCUAAAACUCAGAAAGAGACUUUCAAACAAUCUCAACAAUAAUUUAGGUUAGUCUGGUGUUCCUAACCUUAACAAUAGGUCUUAUAGGCCCACUAUAUAAUCACAUUGUUUUGUGCAGUAUUACAGAUAUUUUUAUGUGACCAUGACUGACUUCAAAGCUAUUUUAAACAUUAUUGAUAUUUUCCUAUUUUAUUUUCAACUGAGUCACAACCAGUUUUAGUUUUUCGAAUGUGACCGACUGGUUUUAGUAGCCAUUGGCCUUUGCACUAAUUUCAGAUCAGCUUAUGUCCAUUUACUGUCCUGUUGUCUUUUUUCCAAAUAUCUCAUCCAACAACUGCAAUGAAUCUUUGGCCAUUUUACGAAUGUCAUGCUAACAUACUAUUCUUACUAUUUCUGCAAUCGACAUACUGUGUAUUCUCUGGUCAGUGUGCAGAGUUUCUGUAUGCAUGAAUUACCUGAUGACCUACUACUACAUUUGCCAAAAUGUGCAGCCUACAGCAGAGCACACUCAGUGAAAUAUGCUCGAACUGACCUUCCAUUUCCAGUGUGACGAAGUAAUAUCGACCAUCAUUUUGAAAAUCUCUAUUACUUAUGUGCUUUAUUUAAAAACAUAAAAAAAACCUUUGCAUUAGUAAUGCAAAAUAACCAUAUUUAUUUCCAAGAUGAUAACUGGACGACGUUCACCUGCAACGUAAUGAGGUCAUGUGACAACAAUGUCGCAUGCUACUGUUUGCAUAGUAGCAAAAACAAAAUUUAAUUCACAUUUACGACUUUAAACUCACAAUUGUGAGAUAUAAAUUCAGAAUUAUUUCUUAUUUUUAUUCUGUGGCGGAAUCCAGCUUUCAGUGUAUAAAUGCUAUAUUGCUUAAAACAUCUCUUAUAAUAAUGAGAAAGUCGCAUUUGCGAGAUAUAAUUGCACAACUGAGACAUAAAUUUGCAAACGCGAGAUGAAAAGUUGCAAUUAGGAGAUCUAAAGUCACAAUUGCAAGAAAUAAAGUCGUAAUUGCAAGAUCAACAGGCAAAAUUGAGAUGUUAACAGUAGCGCCAUCUUUGAUUUUGAAUGGGAAUGGGACUUUCCAUUUCUUCAAUGGGCUGUACAGCAGUUUAAAGAGUUUUUGGACCACUCAGCGGACAAAACAUUUAUCAAAUAUCUGUCCAACAACAGACAACAUGAGUUGUGGAAAAUCAGAUGUGAUCUAGGAGCUUUUUACAGCUUUAUACCAUUCAUGCCAUUGAAGAUAUGGUAAGACUAUCCCUCAGAGCCACGUUGUCUUUCCCAUUAACAAUCAAAGAUGGCACUAGUGUGAAUAAGGUCUAUAGGCUGGGUUUCUCGAUAGCAUUGCAACUUAAGCUUUUACGAUCAUCUUAAUUAAUGUUGCUUGUUAUUUGAGGAUGCAGUAGUGGCUGUUUCCCAAACAAGCACAUAGAUCGCUUGUUAUAAAGUAGAACUUAAGUGCUUCAUUACAGGAGCUGUCCAGUCCAAAGGUGCUGAAAUUUGGCCAGUAUGUCCAGGAGUUUGUAUUCUCAACAUGAAAAUAAUGUAGAAAUACUAACAAACAUGGAAGUUGCUUGUAACCUUAUUAAGGUGCCGAAAUUGCGAGAUCUGAAGUCGCAAAUGCGAGAUGUAGUAACAACUGCAAAAUAAUUUUCCCAUUGGCAUAUCUCAUAAUUAUGAGAAAUGAAGUUGCGAAUACAAAUCAAAGUCCUUUUAGCAAGUCAGUCCACUCAGCAGCCAUCUUUGAAACACUCCCGGGCAGCUAUUUGUCCAUGUGUACAAGACGUGUAGCCCCUAUCUGCUUGUUGGGAUAAAAUGGGCGAAGACCGAAAUCUCAAAAGACCGAAAGUCAGAAUUGUGAAAUAUAAAGUCAGAAUCACCUUUUUUAUUUCUUUAUUCUGUGGUGGGAUCAAGGCACCGUAUUAUACUGCUCAGUAAGUAAGUGUUCCAUUCCAAACAUCGCCAUUGAUUAUGUCAUUCUUCCUUAUCCCACUUACAACUUGAGCAAAGCAUGAUGGGAUGUGUAGUCUUUCAGUGCUAAUGCCACAAAUAUGGCACACAGUCUCUGUGUAUUAAUAUUCAGUUUGAAGUCAUUUAAUUGGCCAGAGUACAUAUCAGUCUAUCAGUCUAUGUAACCAUUGCAUUUGUGAUGUUUGAUAACAUAACACAGUAACUGUACCUAGAUUGUUGAUUUUGGUAUAUCUAGAGUUUAAAGGAUUUGGUUGGGAUGUUCUGCCAGAAAGUAAAAAAAAAAGAUGACAACAAGGGCUGCUGCAUGACUAUUUAUAGAUCUCUUAUGAACAGAUGCACUGUGAUGAACGUUAGCGUUAAUGAGAGUCUAAUGAUCGCUGGAUGAGGUAUCUAGUUUUAUGACUCAAGCCAUUAAUAUAAUCACUCAAACAAUUAAAAUCUAGGCUUUUAUCUCCUUAGACUCAUUCUUUGGUUUCACAUGGAGGCUGCCAAAGAAUACAGAACGGUUGAAUAUUAUCAAGUGCUAUUUGUGUAAAUUGAUGCGUGUACAGUAUACUGUGUUACUCUUUAUAAUCUUUCCAUCACUGGUGUCAUUCUCAUGGGUUAGAUUUGUGUUUGAUGGUGUAAGUCGUAUAACAAGGAAUCCAGGGGAAAAACUAUGGUGCUGUUUAAACUCCUAAUCCUCUACAGCGUGGAUGGAUGAUGCGUUUUGCAAGCUGAGAGAGAAAGGGGAAAAGCAAGAUUCGUUCUGGAUCCAGUCUUAACACUCUGGAGGAUCUCACAACAUAUAAACUCUGUGCAGAUGCAUCACUUGCCAUCUGCUUCAUCAGAGCUUCUGUUGGCCUGCUACUAAGUGUUGAUGUGGAUUUUAAGGGAUAGUUUACCCAAAAUGAAAAUACUGCCACCAAUUUCUCACCCUCAUGUAUUUUGAAACCUGAAAAUCAAUAGAAAUAAACAGAAUUGUUUAUUUUUAUUGAUUAUUCCUUUAUUGAGAUUGUGUGUUCAAGUAUCCAUUGACCCUUCUCUCUGAGAAGAACAUUCAGGGUUUAGGCUGAUCUUUUUUUUAGUUAUUUUUGUUUCUAAAAUGUUCGAGAUGUAUUUGUGUAUGAAAGCUUUAUUUAUGCAUGUUUUAUUGGCACGAUAGAAUUUUUUUGGCGCUUCAUCGCGUACUUUAGCGAUGAUUUGUCUGUUUUUAUACCUUAUAUUACAAGUAUUACUCUUAUUAAUAUUAAAUUCACAACUUUUUCAUAACUGUAUAUCUGCAUUUCUGGUGUUUUUAAUUGUUUGUUUGUUUUUUCAGUAUGUAAAGUGUGGUCUUUUGUGCUAUUCUACUUCAACAUUUCAAUAAAAGCUUUCUUUUA